AUGGACGUUGCCAGAAUGGAGACGAAGCCGGUGUACCUGUGGUCCGGGGGCCACGAGAACAGCCGGCCUGACCCCGUCUUCCUCCGCGUGCAGAACCAGGAGGAGGAUGACGUUCGCUACCUGCUGGACUGGAGUGCGCCGCUCAGGGCCCUCAUGGUCGAGUUCUGUGCUCGCAGGGGCUUCCCGUGCGACGCCGUGCGGUUCACCUACAAUGGGGCGCGGGUCCCGGAAGCCAAGUCGGCAGAGGAUCUCGGCAUGGACGAUGGGGACGUCAUGGACGCCUGGGCCAAUCAGCUCGGCGGCUAG